AUGCCAUCAUUUCCUUUUAUCCUCCUGCUGUUCUUUUUUCUUGUCGGGCUUUGUGUUUUUUCCUUCACACAUCUGGUGCCGUCUAUUUUUCUUUCUUCUUCUAAUAUCCACGUGUCCACAAUUUCGUUCUUUUUCUUCAGUUGUUUUUCCUUUAUUUUACACAUCAUUUCUAACUUUUUGGAUACAGAUUUUUUUAUUUUCCUUUUUCACCGUUUCUUUCUUUCUUUCUUUCAUUCAGUUAGUAAGUUUUUCAUUCUUUCCAUUUUCUUUCUUUCUUUUCCUUUCAUUCGUCUUGACCGUUUUCUUUCUUUCUGUCUGUCUGUCUUUCUUUCUUUCUUUCUUUCUUUCUUUCUUUCUUUCUUUCUUUCAGUUUGCAAACUCUUUCUUUCUUAUAUAAAUUCCGUCUUUAUUUUUUCUUUCGUAUCGAUUUUCUUUCUUUCUUUCUUUCUUUCUUUCUUUCUUUCUUUCUUUUUAUUCGUAAAUUCCAUCUUACACUUUUUCUUUCGUUUUGCCCUUUCUUUCUCAAUUUCUUUCUUUCAUCCUACAUGUUCUUUGUUUCUUUCUUUUAUAAAUUCCAUCUAUUUUUUCUUUCCUUUUGAAUGUUUUCUUUCUUUCUUUCUUUCUUUCUUUCUUUCUUUCUUUCUUUCUCCUAUGUUUACCUCUUUCUUUCUUUCUUUCUUUCUUUCUUUCUUUCUUUCUUUCUUUCUUUCUUUCUUUCUUUCUUUCUCCUAG